AAAAGGUCAGCAGCAGCUGAUUCACAGUCAUCUUUAAAGUGGUUUACCUUCUUCAUAUAAUUACGAAAGAACAGCUGGUGGGAUUAAACUGUUAUACGUACUAACUGCUUCUUGUCUUGGCUAAAGUGGUGUUGACACAAGUACCUUUUAUAUAAAGACUUGGAAAGUAGUACAAAACAAAGAUCAAAGUUUUGCAUUCUUUAACUAUAGCAAUUUUAGAAUCGAAAAAACUUUACAGUUAAAGGUUUAUGCCAAAUUUUUUAAUUAUAUUGAUUUCUUUUGUUGUUAUCACUGUUUAGGUUGUCUUGUGGUGUAUUCGAAUGAAUUUUACCCUUUGAAUCCAACAUUUCGUGUUGUUGCUUGUUUGCUUACCUACAUAUUCAUAUUACAUUCACUAAAUGUUUACUCAUAAUAAUAUCAAUCUUGCCUUGUUUGAAAUCAAACUAAAGUCUCCACAUAAGAACUUGGUCUUACUUAAAGGAAAUGAAUUCGAAGUGGAGAAUGUCCCCUUUGAAGGAAAUGUUAAAUUAUCCAUUCCAGAAGAUAUUCAUAUCAAGAAAAUCACUUUAAAUCUCAUCGGAGAAUUCAAUGUUCAAUACUUCAGAAGAGGAGAAUACGGUUCAAUCAUUGAUCAAGUAUAUGAACGAUUCUGUGUUUUAGAUGUUAAGUGGAAUAACUUAUUAACCAGUCCUGAUGGUGAGAUCUUAUUCGGAAAUUAUGGUGAUGAUGUUCUCCCUUAUUCCCAACUAUCAUCAUUGGAAUCAAAAUCAAAACAAAAAUUAAAAUCAAAAUCAAAAUCAACUUCACCCGAUAGACCAACUUACUUAAGAACAAAUUCUCAUCCUAAUAUAUCUCAAAUGAAUAAAACUAAUGGGAGUAACUCUUCAAUCAGUACUUCUGGUCCCAAUAAUGCUUCAUCAACUUCACUUUUAAAAGUACCUAAAAGUGGUAUAGACGGAACUCCAUUUGAAAAUCUUACUUUCAAUCCUCAGCAUUCAUUUCUUUUACCAAAGGGUAAUUACAAUCUCCCAUUUAAAAUUUACUUACCUACUAAUAUUUGUGAAACUGUUGAAGGUAUAGCAUGUGGGAAAAUGCAAUAUAAAAUGUUAUGUACUAUAUCAAGGGGAAAAUUUGAAAAACCAAUAUCAACUUCAAAAUAUAUAAGAAUUUUAAGAACUUUAAACCCUAUGAAUUUAAAUUUAAUUGAUUCAAUCGAUAUUGCUAAUGUUUGGCCUAAUAAAUUACAAUAUUUGGUUUCUUUAACCAAAAAGGGGGUCGCUAUUGGGUCAACUAUCCCCAUUAAUAUCAUCAUCGUACCUUUGGUGAAAGGUUUACGGUUAAAAGCCAUCAAUGCGUGUAUAGUAGAACAUUUCCAUGUAACUCAUGAAACCUCAAAAUCUCCCGAAUAUGAAUUGUUAGUAGGGAAGCAAACUUUAAAAGUUCUGAAUCAAGAUGAAUUAGGGGAUGAUAAAUGGGUUAUAAAAUCGUUAUUUAAAGUCCCUCAUAGUUUAAAUACUUUAGCUCAAAGUUGUGAAUUGAAAAAUAAUUAUAUCGAUAUUAAACAUAGAAUAAGAGUCUCGAUUCAAUUAAAGAAUAAAGAAGGUCAUAUUAGUGAAUUAAGAGCUAAUUUACCUAUUUGUGUUUAUGUCAGUGCUCAUGCUGGACAUGUGGUUGCUAAUCAUAAUACUAUUGAAGAGUAUGAUAGUUUUAUUCAACAAGAUAAACAAGUUGAGGAUAUUUUAUUUAAAAAGGAUCGUGAUUGGGAAAGAUCUAAUAAUUCAGGUCCACCUUCAAAUAGUGAUACUCCUAAUAUAUCUGAAGCAGAAGAAGAAGAUGAUGAUAAUGAUUUAGAUCGCGAAAAUGAAGCUCCACCACUAUAUCAACAACAUGUGUUUGAUAGAGUUUAUGAUAUGAAUUUACCUCAAACUCCUUUAGAACAAUUCCGAUCUCAAGAAAAUACUCCUGAUCAUUCUACUAAUAAUUCAACUACAAAUUUAACUAGUUAUUUCGAUGAUUACUUUCCUAUUCCAAGUUCAGGAGAUCAAAAGGCUCAAACUCCUCCACAUCCACUUGAUGUGGUUUCAUUGUGUAGAAUUCCAACUUAUGAGCAAGCCUUAUCUGAUGAUGAAGAUGAAGAACUUGUAUCACCAGCUCCAGAGUAUACCGAUGAUGAAUCUUAUGAAGGUGAUGAUAAUGAAGAUGAAGGUAAUACUAUAUCUCAUAAUGAUUUGUUAUACAUGAAACUAGCUAAAUUAAAAGCCAAUUCACCUUCAAAUUCAAAUGCAAGACCAAUAAUGCCCAAAUUAAAAUCAAUGGAUAGGAAUCAAUUCAGAUUAGGGGCAAGACAAGCAGGUAUCAAGUCCAUGCCUCAUUCUCCAUUGGCAAGAUCUCCCAUCAGAGGACAUGUUGAUAUAAUGUCAUCCAUUGAUGAUUGUGAUGGGGAUAAAGAAAAUAAUAAGCAUAAUAAUGACGAUUAUGACGACGACAGUAUUAAUACACCUAGUAAUUCAUCAUCAUCAUCUUCACAUCAUCAUUCCAUCUUCAGGAUUCCAAUUCCAAGAAGACAUUAAUAGACUAUAUACAUCCAUAUAGAUACAUACGUACACUUUAUAUACAUUUAUAGAAGUUUUAAUCCUAAUUUAUUUUAUAUACUGCAAAA